AAAUAUGGGCCAAAAAACCCAGAAACUGAUGCCCAAAGCCCAUCAAGUGUUUUCUAAACAUUCUUCCGCACUGUUUCUUUUCUCGCCUUUUCUCGCAAAACGGAACUUGUUUUUGUUUGCAGACAUAAACCGAAGUUCCUUACUGAAAAUUCGCCAUUUUUUCACUUCGAAAAUCCUUCAAAACAAUGCGUUUAACUUCAAAACGAAGGUUCUUUUAUUUCACAAAAAUGAGGUUCUCUCGUCUCCAAUCGGCCUCCCUUUGUACCUCUGCUCCAAGCGACGCCGAAGCCGUGGAAAUCGCCUCUAUCCUCACAAAGAAUGACUGGAAACGCCUUCUUGAAACAUCAUCAGAAUUGAAAAACAAGCUAAACCCAGAAAUGGUUCACUCGGUUCUUCUCCAAAACUCGGUUCGUGAUCCCAAACGCCUGCUUAAUUUCUUCAACUGGGCAAGUCACCAAUUUCCAAAUCCUCAAAAGUUGGAUUCUUUUUCAUUUCUAGCUGUUACUUUAUGUAAUUCAAAGCUGUUCCGUGAUGCCAAUAUGGUUUUAGACAAGAUGGUUAGGACUAAUGGGCCUGUUCAGGCCGUUUUGGGUUCAAUUAUUAGGUGUUAUAAGGGGUGUGAAGGGAAUGAUGUAGGGGUUUUGGAGAUUCUGAUUGAUUGUUAUAAGAAAAUGGGUUCUUGGGAUGGUGCUGUUUAUGUUUUUUUGGGUGCUAAAGAAGGUGGGGUUUUGCCUGGUUUGGUCUGUUGUAAUAAUUUUUUAGGUGAUUUGCUUAAGUUAAAUAAGUUGGAUUUAUUUUGGAAGGUUUUUAAUGGGAUGAUAGAUGCUAAAUUGGUGCCUGAUGUUUAUACUUUUACCAAUGUGAUUAAUGCUCAUUGUCGAGUUGGGGAUAUUGAAAAAGCGAAAAGGGUGCUUACGGAGAUGGACGAGAAGGGAUGUAGUCCUGGUUUGGUUACUUAUAAUGUUAUGAUUGGUGGAUUGUGUAAAGCUAGCGCUGUUAAUGAAGCAUUGAAACUAAAGAAGUCCAUGGCUGAAAAGGGUUUCGACCCUGAUGCUUAUACUUAUAAUAUGCUUAUUGAUGGGUUUUGUAGGGAGAACAGAUUUAGGGAAGCGAAAUUGAUGAUGACAGAAAUGCGUCGUGCUGGUUUAAAUCUUAACCAUUUUGCUUACACAGCUUUGAUUGACGGGUUCAUGAAACGAGGUAGCACGGUUGAGGCUUUCCGAGUCAAGGAUGAGAUGGUUGCUUGUGGAGUUAAAUUGAACGUGUUCACAUAUAAUGUGCUUAUUAGUGGUGUUUGUAAGGCUGGCGACUUGGAGAAGGGAAAAGCUCUAUUCAAUGAGAUGGUUUAUGUUGGCCCUGCACCUGAUGCACAAACUUUUAGUAUUUUGAUUGAGGGUUAUUGUCGACAACAAAAUUUUCUUAAGGCCUAUGAACUGCUUGAAGAGAUGAAGAAGAGUAACUUGACACCCACAGUGUACACUUAUAAUGGGAUAAUUAGUGGCCUAUGCCAUUGUGGAGAUCUUGAACGAGCUAGUUAUGUUUUGGAGGCAAUGAUUAAGGAAGGGUUGAAGCCCAAUGUCGUUAUGUAUACAAAUCUGAUGAAAGGUCAUAUCCAGAAAAGUAGAUUUGAAGAAGCCAAAAGGAUUCUAGACCGAAUGAUGGAGAAAGGGGUAAUGCCUGAUGUCUUUUGUUGCAAUACUCUUAUAAGUGGCUUAUGUAAGGCCCAAAAGAUGGAUGAAGCAAGGAGUUUCUUAGUUGAAAUGGUUGACAGGGGAUUGAAGCCUAAUGAACAUACCUAUGGGGCUCUCAUCCAUGGAUAUGCUAAGGCAGGGGAAAUGGAGGCCGUAGAAAGGUCUUUCAAAGAGAUGCAAGGUUAUGGUAUAGCUCCAAAUAAUGCUAUUUAUUCUGCAUUGAUUAACAGCCUCUGCAAGGUGGGAAAGGUAGCUGAGGCUAUUUCAACAUUUAGGUACAUGUCUGAAAAAGGUGUGCUUCCUGAUGUGAAGACUUACACUACGCUCAUCCAUGGCCUUGCAACAAAUGGUAGAAUUAAUGAUGCAAUGGAUCUUUUCUCCCAACUUGAUGACAAGGGUAUAGUGCCUGAUGUAUUUACUUAUACUUCUCUCAUUUCUGUCUUUUCUAAGCUGGGUGAUAUGAAGGCAGCUCUCAAUCUUUAUAAUAAGAUGUGUCAAAAAGGCAUUGCUCCUAACAUCGUUACAUAUAACACAAUGAUCGAUGGUCUUUGUAAGGCUGGUGACACUAAGAAAGCUAGGAAGAUCUUCAAUGAAAUCUCACAGAAAGGCUUGGCACCUAAUACCAAGAGCUAUUCUAUGAUUAUAGAUGGAUAUUGCAAAUCUGGCAAUUUAACUCAGGCAUUUCAGUUACAGGAUGAAAUGCCCUCAAGGGGUGUUCCACCUGAUAGUUUUACUUAUUGUGCCCUUGUCAAUGGAUGCUGUAAAGAAGGAGAAUUGGACAAGGCUCUCUCUUUAUUUUCUGAAAUGGUGCAGAAGGGCUUUGCUUCCACCUCUUCUUUCAAUGCAUUGAUUGAUGGAUUAUGCAAGUCAGGGAAACCAAAUGAAGCUAAUCGGCUGUUAGAAGACAUGGUUGAUAACUGUAUCACACCGAAUCAUAUAACCUAUACAAUCCUGAUAGAUCAUCACUGCAAGGCAGGAGAGAUGAAAGAAGCCGAACAUCUCUUUCUGGAGAUGCAAAGGAGGAAUCUGGUUCCAAAUGUUGUAACUUACAACUUGCUUUUACAUGGUUACAACAGAUUAGGGAGGAGAGGUGAGAUGUUUGCUCUUUUUGAGACGAUGGCUGCAAAUGGGGUUGAACCUGAUGAAAUAAUCUAUGAUCUUAUGGCUCGUGCAUACUUGAAAGAAAAUAACUUGAUUGGAAUACUGAAGUUGUUGGAUGAAAUACUAGGGAAGGAUGUUGUCUUCGACAAAAAACUGUCUUUUCUGCUGCUGGAUGUUGUAUGCCAAAGAGAGGACAUUUCUGAAGUUUUAAAGUUAGUUGAUGAAAUGGCAGAGCAAGGACUUAAGCUCAGUCCGAUUACAUGUGACAAGCUAGUUCGUCGUUUUCAUGACAAAGGAAGUCUGGAGAAAGCAGAAAGGAUUCUGGAGAGUUUCGUCCAAUUUGGAUGGGUUUCAAACUCCACCAGUGUAAAUAGUAUAAUUGAUAAAGAUCAUGAUGAUGCAAACCCUGAGAGUCCUAGCAAUUUCCCGAAGCAAGCAACAUUUGGAGUUGCUUGUCAAGUGUAAGCAUGAUUACUGGAUGAGAAAACAAGACCACCUGUUCUUCUUCCCGCUUCAGUUAAAACUUCACUGAAUCAACCAAGGGAGCUGGCUCAUGCUGGUGCUACACUAGACUAACUCAGCCAAGCGGAGAAAUUAUUGUGUAUUCAACACCUCUGUUUUUUUUUUUUUUUUUAAAUGUACAGCCAUUUGGAAACUAGGCUGGAUUUUAUUUCAACUCUAAAGCUGAUGCUCAACAAGGAUGGAGUACGUGGUUUCAGUGAUGAGGUUAGCCAAUAGCCAUUGCCCUGCAGCCUCUACCUUGAGAAGCCUACACUCUCCACCAUAAACCUUUCCCAAAUGUUUGGAAAACAUUUCAAUGUACUUUGUACUUGGUACGUAGAGGAAUCGUGUUAGGGUUUGGACCUUACCUUCAAUAACCUUCUUCAUUGUCAAUUACAUGGAUGAAAGUUUUUGGCUCUCAAAAAGCCAUAAAAAUUUAUGGCUUCUCAUUUUGGAUUCAAAUAACACUAAU